GAGGUGCCUGGGCCGCUCGUGGGAGAGGCAGGGCUUCAGUUGAGCUGAGAGGCGUGAGCUUAGACAGCCUUGGGCCCCUGGCCAGUCCCCACCUGGCACUUGUCUGUGUCACUGUCAGGAUUUGUCUGACUCCGCGUUCCCUCGCAGGGGUGUGUUGGGGGGAGUCCUCUUUGCAACUCUCAAAAUGGUUAUCAAAGUGUUUGUUGCCACAUCAUCUGGGUCCAUAGCGAUUAGGAAGAAACAGCAAGAAGUAGUGGGCUUUUUGGAAGCUAAUAAAAUCGAUUUUAAGGAGUUCGAUAUUGCCGGAGAUGAAGACAAUCGGAGGUGGAUGAGAGAGAACGUUCCUGGAGAGAAGAAACCUCAAAAUGGGAUUCCUCUGCCCCCACAGAUAUUCAACGAAGAGCAGUACUGUGGGGAUUUUGACUCUUUCUUCUCUGCAAAAGAAGAGAAUAUUAUUUAUUCCUUCCUUGGCUUGGCUCCCCCUCCAGGCUCAAAGGUGACAAAAUCGUCCGAGGAAGCAUCUUCCCUUCCCAAUGGUGAUGUGGCAGGAGAAGCACAGAGCAACACAGAGGGAACAGAGAAGGCUGAAGAAAGUGGACAACACGAGGCACAAAAAGAAGGCAGUGAAGAUGCGGGCAACCUCACCGGAUCCCCAGAGAAGAAUGAAGAAGAGGGAGAGACAGCAACAGAAGAGAAUAAGACGGAAGAAAUAACUGCGGAGGGAGCUGAAGGGGAAGCGGAGGAAGAGGAAGCUGAGAAAGGAGAAGAGGAGGGGCCAGGAGAAGAAGAAGAAGGAGAAGAGGAAGAAGGAGAAGAGGAAGAAGAUUCUUAGGCCUUUUCAUGCUUUAUUCUUCCACUUGUCCAGGAAACCCAAGCCACGAAGCACCAUUUCAACUCUCUUCCCACAAACCAAAUUCAACAAAAUGCUUUGGCUCGAAGCUAGCACACGUCUGUCAGUACAUCCAGGGUUCACCGAGGAAUUGUAUGAUCUGACACGGUUAGAUCUCCAUGCAUAUACCUGCUUAAUCAUAUCAACAUGAAAUCAAAUGUGAAGAUAGCACAUGCAUAUCUUCAUGGGCCUGACAUUUGUGGCCUUUGCUUAAUUUUUUGCUCUGCAUGAAUAGACCUUCUAAUACCCUGAAAAAAUUUCAAAAUAUAGAACUUCUCUUUGUGAUAUGACAAAAGUAUUUCUUUGUAUGUGCCUUAUGCUACUUUUCUCAGAACUAGCUUUGAAAAUGAAGAGAUUUAUAGAGAACAAUCAUACUAAUAAAGAUGAAUA